AUGCCUCCGGAGUCUGAUUACCGAUCUGCCGAUGAUGGCCUCCGGCACCGGGUAUCGGUCGCGACUCCGGCGGAAAUUACCUCGGCGGAGGAGACCGCGGUUGCCAACAACAAGUUCACCUGGCAGGAAGUGGCCAAGCACAACUCGAGGGAAAGCGCGUGGAUCAUCAUCAAGGACAAGGUCUACGACAUCACCAACUGGAUGGACAAGCACCCUGGGGGUUCGGAGGUUGUGCAUCUGAUGGCAGGGAGAGACGCCACCGACGCCUUUGCCUCCUACCACCCCUUCACUGACAAGCCUCAAAAGAUGCUGCCCAAGUUUGAGAUUGGGACUCUGGUGUCGAGGGAGUUCACACCGUACAAACGCGACGAGUCCGGCUUCUACCGGGAGAUGUGCAAGCGAGUCGGGCAGGCGCUGCCGCUGCUUCACGUGAUGCACGACAGCUCGCACACGGCCUUCGGCCGAACGCAGAACUGGCACUCGUUCGGAGGGCGCCUGUUCAUGGAUUUCUACGCCGGCGCCAACCUCACCUCAUGGCACUACCAGCACGUGGUAGGACACCACAUCUACACGAACGUUUUCGGGGCGGACCCUGACCUUCCGGAGACUGCGGAGGGGGACCCCCGUCGGCUGGUGCACCGACAGAAGAACGCCUCCAUCUACAAGUACCAGCACCUGUACCUUCCCCCUCUCUAUGGCAUCUUGGGCCUUAAGUUCCGCAUCCAAGACCUCACGGGAACGUUCUUCGGAAAGACGAACGGACCGGUGCGGGUGAACCCCAUCUCCCUGUACCGGUGGGCCGAGAUCUCUAAGGUCUUCUGGGCCCUGUGGCGAAUCUGCCUCCCUCUCGCGUAUUUCGAGGGAGUGAACACGCCUCUCAUGUUCACUGCCCUCUUCCUCGUGUCGGAGUGGAUGACCGGCUACUACCUGGCAUUCAACUUCCAGGUGUCGCACGUGUCUACGGAAUGCGACUACCCGUUGGGUGCCGAGGCUAAGGACAUGAUCGAGGACGAGUGGGCCGUGUCCCAGGUUAAAUCUUGCGUGGACUACGCCCACAGCAGCAAGCUCGUCACCUUCCUGUCCGGGGCCCUCAACUACCAAGUGACGCACCACCUCUUCCCGGGAGUCAGCCAGUACCACUACCCGGCUAUCGCGCCCAUCAUCAAGGAGGUCUGCAAGGAGCACGGCGUGGAGUAUAUCCACCUCGACACGUUCGCUGAGGCCAUGUCCGCCCACAUCGCUCACUUGAGGAACAUGGGAAGACAGGGCAUCCCCGCCGAGGUCCACAUGGGUUGAUUUACUUCGUCUUGGUUGUUCUUUGUCUCAUGGGUCAAGAGCGUAAUCACUUCAUUUUUUGGGGGGGGGUUAGUGUUGAGUUGGAUGUUUCGUGUAUGGGUGAGGUAGCGCGAGUGUGUGCGUAUUGGUUGGUGCAGACGGAUUGUUUGUUUUUGCCGCCCGCAGCAAGCAUUUGGCUCGCACCAUGGAGGUUUUGACUAGUCAGUGUGGUCAUGCAGCCAGACAGUCACAAGGGUGGCUGUGCUGCGAGGACGGACGUUUCUGCGGCAUGGACUGGGCGGAUUGCUUUGGCGCAGCCGAAGAGAGAGAGAGAAAAGGUGCACGCAAUUAAUUGAUUGGCCAAAAUUUUGUGUGUGCAAUCAAUCUUGCAAAUUUUCGUUUUAUGGCAACAUUUUUUUUUUUUUUCUGGCUGGAAUGCGAUGUGGAUCGCGAGAUUGAUCCCGUGCUUGAGAAAUUAUUCCUCCCGGCGUGCGGGACGGAAAAUAGGAACAGAUAGUGUGCGACGAGUCGUUUAUUUCCUAAUUUUUUUUUCAGGUGGUGGGCAGAUACAACGACCCACUAUUUGCCCCGUGCGAAUACCUUGUUUUUUGUUUGCGCUCGUUUUUCACGGGAUCCGCCGCGGGUUUUUCAUCACAUCAUACGGGUUUUACCGAGGUUGGCUGCGUCAUGAGGCCAUUGAGUCGUCGGGAGGUCGCGGUUUUGGUUUCGAAGGCGGAUCGGGUUUUUUGGUGGUGAGACUAUAUGGAUCAGGUUGCUAGUCAAACGCCGUUCGUUAUGGUUUGAGGGAGUUUGGGGAUGGGUAAUCAAGCGAGUUGUUGACUGGGAUUUAUUGCAGUAGGGAUUGGUGUUCAAACAUAGUAGCACCGAGAUGAAAUGCUGGCCAAAGCUUUUAUCCUGGGGGAGUACAACACAGCACCUUGGUGGAAUUCAUUUUUCGUUUCAGUGAAAGUUGUUGUUCGAUUCGUGUGACCUUCGGGUGGUUGGGGAGACGCCGCGAAGAGGUGCGACUUUUAUCAUGUGGCGAGUUUUGGAAAUUGUUGCUCGGUGUGUGAGGGGCUCUAACAGCUAGGCGUUAAGAAUGUUUGUUUUUCGUGUUCACAAGUCUGUUCAUCAUGUCUCACGGUGCAUUUUGUAAACAACCAGGCUAGAAACGAGUUGAGGCUGGUGAUGCAAGGUGGUCCACUCUCAGCGCAUCAUAACCGCGAGAAAAAUAAAGUGAAUG